AGGGGCGGGGCCAGGGCGGGGCUAGACCUGCACCGGGCCAGGCAAGAUGGCGGCCAUGGAGACGGACACGGCGCCGCUGACCCUAGAGUCGCUGCCCACCGAUCCCCUGCUCCUCAUCUUAUCCUUUUUGGACUAUCGGGACCUAAUCAACUGUUGCUAUGUCAGUCGAAGACUUAGCCAACUAUCAAGUCAUGAUCCGCUCUGGAGAAGACAUUGCAAAAAAUACUGGCUGAUAUCUGAGGAAGAGAAAACACAGAAGAAUCAGUGUUGGAAAUCUCUCUUCAUAGAUACUUACUCUGAUGUAGGAAGAUACAUUGACCAUUAUGCUGCUAUUAAAAAGGCCUGGGAUGAUCUCAAGAAAUAUUUGGAGCCCAGGUGUCCUCGGAUGGUUUUAUCUCUGAAAGAGGGUGCUCGAGAGGAAGACCUUGACGCUGUGGAAGCGCAGAUUGGCUGCAAGCUUCCUGACGAUUAUCGAUGUUCAUACCGAAUCCACAAUGGACAGAAGUUAGUGGUUCCUGGGUUAUUGGGAAGCAUGGCACUGUCUAAUCACUAUCGUUCUGAAGAUUUGUUAGACGUCGAUACAGCUGCCGGAGGAUUCCAGCAGAGACAGGGAUUGAAAUACUGUCUGCCUUUAACUUUUUGCAUACAUACUGGUUUGAGUCAGUACAUAGCAGUGGAAGCUGCAGAGGGCCGAAACAAAAAUGAAGUUUUCUACCAAUGUCCAGACCAAAUGGCUCGAAAUCCAGCUGCUAUUGACAUGUUUAUUAUAGGUGCUACUUUUACUGACUGGUUUACCUCUUAUGUCAAAAAUGUUGUAUCAGGUGGCUUCCCCAUCAUCAGAGACCAAAUUUUCAGAUAUGUUCACGAUCCAGAGUGUGUAGCAACAACUGGGGAUAUUACUGUUUCAGUUUCCACAUCGUUUCUGCCAGAACUUAGCUCUGUACAUCCACCCCACUAUUUCUUCACAUACCGAAUCAGGAUUGAAAUGUCAAAGGAUGCACUUCCUGAGAAGGCCUGUCAGUUGGACAGUCGCUAUUGGAGAAUAACAAAUGCUAAGGGUGACGUGGAAGAAGUUCAAGGACCUGGAGUAGUUGGUGAAUUUCCAAUCAUCAGCCCAGGUCGGGUAUAUGAAUACACAAGCUGUACCACAUUCUCUACAACAUCAGGAUAUAUGGAAGGAUAUUAUACCUUCCACUUUCUUUACUUUAAAGACAAGAUCUUUAAUGUUGCCAUUCCCCGAUUCCAUAUGGCAUGUCCAACAUUCAGGGUGUCUAUAGCCCGAUUGUUUUGGUAAUUUGUGCCUUUCAAGGAAUUUGUCCAUUCCAUCUAAAUGUUGAAUUUAUUGGUAUAAAGUUAUUGACAGUAUUCCCUUGAUAUCCUUUUAAUGGCUACAAAAGCCAUAAUCACAUGUCUUCUUUUGUUCUUAAUAUUGUUAAUUUAUAUCUUCUCUUUUGUUCAUUGCUUUAGCUAGGGGUUUAUAAUUUUUAUUGAUCAUGUAAAGGAGCAACUUUUGGUUUUACUAAUUUUCUCUAUUUGCUUAUUUUCUAUUGCAUUGAUUUCUGCAGUUAUCUUUAUUUCUUUUCUUCUACUUUGAGUUUAAUUUGCUUUUCUUCUAGCUUUUUUAAGGUAGAAGUUUAUGUUAGUAAUUUCAGACCUUUUUUCUCUCCAAGCACUGUUUUAGCUGCAUUUCACAAGUUGUGAUAUGUUUUCAUGAACGUGUAGUUCAAAAUAGUGUUAGAUUUCCCUUGUAAUUUAAUUUUGAUGUAUGACUUUUCUAGAAAUGUGUUAAUUUUCAAACAUUUGGGGAGUUUUCAGUUAUCUUUUGACUAUUGAUUUUUUAAAUUUAUUGUGGUUAGAGAAUUUGCUCUGUAUUUUCAAUCCUAAAUAUUUUAUGGCCCAAAAUUAUGGUUUAUCUUGGUAAAUGAUCCUUGUAUAUUUGAAAAUAAUGUACAUUCUGCUAUUUUGGGGAAUAUUAUUCUACAAAUGAUAGGUCAAAUUGGUUGACAGUGUUUUCAAGUCUUCUGUAUACUUGUUGAUUUUUUUUUUUUUUUUUUGGUCUUUGUCUUAUCAACAAGUAAGAGAUGAUUGUUGAAAUCUCCAAAUAUAAUUAUAGUUUUUUGCUUCUCUUUUUAGGUCUGUCAGGUUUGCUUCAUGUAUUUUGAAGCUGUAUAAUUAUAUGCAAAUAUGCUAAGGAUUAUGAUGUAUUUUUAAUGACAUAAUUCUUUCAUCAUUAUGAAAUCUCCAUCUUUAUUGCUGAAAUAUUCCUUGUCCUAAAGUUUAAAGAGCAUUGAGGUUUGUUUCGGUAGGCAGUUGAGUUACUAUUGGGUCAACUUGAUCCUUUGGCAUCUUGUUUGUUUUUAAUGUUUGUUAGGGUGGGUGUAAAGUAGUCUUUAUUUAAGGACAGCGGUUGUCAACUUUCAGUCUCAUGACCCCCUGAAACUCUAAAAACUUAUUGAGGACUCCGAAGAAUUCUUGCUUAUGUUGAUUGUAUUAACACUUACCAUAUCAGAAAUUAAAACUGAGAAAGUUUUACAAGAUUUACUAUUAGUUCCUUUUCAAAUGACAAUAAUAAACCCAUUUCAUGUUCAGCUCUCCCUUAACUAUGUUCUUUCUUAUUAGUUUUCGUUUCCUUCUAACCACAAAUAAACAUAUAAAAUCUUGACCUACCUUGUGGAAAAUGUUUUCUCUCAAGGAUGAGAAAUAAAAUGAGAAUUCUGGACUGACUUCUUAUCGACAUUAAAAAAGCCAUGGGGGUUGUAUUUGUUGACCUUUCCUGUUUGAACAUUAGUUUCCUGAUAUGGAGAAUUGUUCUGCUUUUUCAUCCUCUACCAGUCUGAUUAAUUCGUAGGCUUAACACUUCCUUUUUCUUUCUCCUUGGAAUGCCUCUUGGAAAUAUGCAUCAGUUGGUCUUAUGUCUUUUCUUAGUCUAGGUGGUAUGCGUGUUUGGCUUGUUGGGGGCACUUUUAGAGGCUCCGGCUGCACAUUUCCACUCCUCUCUGUGUGUUCCUUUCUGCAUCUGCUGUUUGUGUGUGUACACUUUUUUUCUGAGCAAUCUCUCUCCUUAGCCACAUUGAGUUCUUUAACAGUUUUUCUGUUUUCUUCUUCAUUAAGAUAAUUAAUAAUCAUACUACUCAGAUAACAUGUUUUAGAACUUCCCAAGCCUUUGCCUUUCCCACCUUUUGGACCUCCUAACUGAAUUUCAAAGUCUUCAUUCCUUAGAUUAAAAAAAUAAAUCCAAAGAUAAAAAGAAUGUAAUAUCUUAUAAGUCAUAUCAGUGUAUAUUUUCUCUGUUAUUGUCAGUGUUAUAAUAAAUCCUAAGUGACACAAUUCCUUUCUCCUACAUUAAUUGAUUUGCUUGUACAACAGCUAUUUAUUGAGUACUGUGAUAAACAAUAUAAUCAAAUUCCCUGCCUUGGAAUUUACAUUCCAAUUCAAAGAGACAAACUGUAACAAUAAACACUGUGUCCUUAUGUUAAGUAGUAAUAAGUGCUGUGGAGAAACAGCAGAGUAAAAGAGAUAAAGAAUGUAUUGUUAGGUUGUUCUAAUAUAAAGAGGGGUCAGGAGAGGCCUCAGUGACAUUUAAGCUGAAACGUGAAAGGAGCAGAGGGAAUUAGGUGGAUAUGUGGGAGACGAGUGUUUGAAGCAAAGGAGCAGCACAUGUGGAGGUUCUGAAACAAUAAUGCAUUUGGUGUGCUUGACCCAAGGAGGCCAGUAUAGCUGGAGUGCAGUGAACAACAGGGAGAGGGGCUGGAGAUGAGAUCAGAGGGAUAAUGGGGUGCUGGAUCACGCAACACCAUGAAAGCCUUGGUGGAAGGACUCUGGCUGACAUCAUGCCUCAGGUUGUCCCGUACUUUCCAGAGUACCAAGUAGGUCCUUGCUGUUCAGAAUUCUGUUCAAUGUAGCAACUCCUUUCAUUGUGUCUUCAAAUGUGUGAGAGAGAACAUUGACAGCAGAGUAAGUCAUGGCUUGAGUAGAGACAUUGCAUGGGCAGAAUUGACAUUUCCAAGAGAUAUUCAGAUGCAUGUUCAACAUCACUACUGUCCUAAUCUGAAAGCCUCCAACAAGGUAAUUUAAAAAUAGAGGCUGUCAUUUCCCUCCAGUGUGGGUUGAUCUUAGGUAUGUACUUAAAAUGAAUUGGCAAAGUGACACUGUGAUUUCUGAGUUAGAAAAAGGUAAUAUUCCUUCAGCCUAGAGUUCUCUCUCUCUCUCCUGGGACAUGUGUCUUGGACACCCUGAGCCACCAUGUAAGAAGUCCAGCUACCAUGAAGCCGUCAUGCAGAAGAGACCAUGUAGAGACAUCACAUAGAGAUAGAGAGAGGCACCCAGGAGCCCCAGCUGUUUCAGAUUCCAGAUAUUUCGAUCAUCACGCACGGGUACCAGAGAUGUGAAUGAAGACGCUCGUGAGAUGACUGCAGUUCCACCUACCAUCUGACUGCAACAUCACGGGAGACCCCAACCCAGAACCACUCCACUGAAUACCUCCCAAAUACCAACCCACAUGAACCAUGAGAGAUAAUAAUGACUGUUGUUGUUUCAAGCCACUAAAAAAAUAAAAGUAUUUUUUUAAAAAGUAGAGGCUACUGAUGGUUGAAUUGAAAUGAUGUGUCUUUAUAGUAGGAGCUCAAUAAAAAUGUUAGACUUCUUGUUGACAGUGCAUAAAAGUUACCAGUAGAGGUCAUACUUGAUUAAUAUUUUCAUAUCCUCUUUUCUGUAAGUAUAUAGAUUAAUAAUUAUUAUUCAGUGUAUGAAUAUAAGUUCAGUAAAACAGUAUCUUGGAUUGUUACAAGUGGUCUGUUUGCUACCUUCUAUGAAUUACCAACUACUGUAUAAAAAAUAAGUACUGGCUUAGUGAAAUAUUUAUCCAUUAAAACCAUACUGAGCCGGGCUGCGUCGCAUGCACCUGUAGUCCCAGCUACUCGGGAGACUGAGGUGGGAGAAUUGCUUGAGCCCAGGAGUUCGAGGCUAGCCUAGGCAACAUAGCAAGAACUCGUCUCUAAGAAAAUUUUAAAAUAAACAAUUUUUUUAAAAAGAAGAUUUUCCAUUAAACAACAACAACAAAAACCACACUGAGCAUUAUUUAACACAAGAUACAAAAUCCACUCCAGAAUCUUGCAUCAGCAUGUGUGUUGUGAGAAUGCACUGUUCAAGUCUAUGGAAAUUCAUAUUUGCCAUGUCUGGUGGUUUGAAUUCUAGAUAAAUGAGAAUUUACAUGAAAUAACUGUAAAAAACUGAUAGAUGCUCUUUUUAUCAAAAGAUUGUUUUCUCUUUAAAGGAAAUGGGUCCUGAUGAAUAUGAAGAGAUGGAAGAAGAGGAGGAGGAGGAAGAAGAGGAAGACGAGGAUGAUGAUUCAGCAGACAUGGAUGAAUCAGAUGAAGAUGAUGAAGAGGAGAGACGGAGGAGAGUCUUUGAUGUUCCCAUUCGCAGACGCCGUUGCUCACGCCUUUUUUAGCAAGCCUUCUGCUGAUGGAAGCACUAGGAUGAUUCUAGGCUGUUAAAUAGAUUUCUCAAUAAUGUAAAUAACUAAUUUGUUCUCUGCAUAUAGCAGGAAAACUAGCAUGAAAUAUUGUUUCAGGCCCUGGGUUCUAUGUGACACUACAUUAGGAAUUGGAUUGUUUGGGUUUGCUUUGUGUUUUUGAGGUAGAGGAGGAAAUGGGAAUCUUUUUUUUCUCUUCCAGGAGUCAAUGGAAGAAUAGUUCUCUAGCUAAGGAGCAGACAUACCUUUGUUUUAAAAUAUUUUAUACUUACAAAAAUCUAGAAAUGGAGAGGGAAUUGUUUUGAAUAAGGAUUUAAAAUACCCGCACAAGGAUAGAGAGAAACUAUGUGACUGAUUCUGUGAAAAGACUUGCAGUUGUGAGUUAUUUAGAAAUGAUCAAAAUUUGUAAUUAGGCUAAUCCAUUUAGUGAUUCCUAAUAUUUUGUACUCACAGAGAACUAAUUGACUAAACAACUUGAACGCUAGUGGUUUGUCCUUAGACAAUCUGUCUUUGAAUUUAAAGUCUUUAUCGCUAAGACCUUGACUUUAAAUUUUUCAUCACUACGACCUUGAAUUUAAUUUCAGGUCUUCAACAUGAUGACCUUGAAUUUAAUUUAAAGCCUUCAACACUAUGCGCUUUAUCACAUUAUUCACAGAUGCAUUUUUGAAAUGUAGUAUGUAAAAGUAUGUAAUGUGCUGUUUAUUAACAAAAGAUCAUUCACAACAUCUCAUGUAGUUUAAAUUUGUAAAUACUGCUGCUGUUUUGGUUCUCCUUUAUACAUUUGACUGUCUUUGUGAUAAGUGACAUGAAUUUUAUGUUAGGAUUAAGUAUGUUUUCCUGAAACUUGGAUUUUUUUUUUGUAAUUAUAUAAUUGAGAGUUAAGAAUGAAAUCCUUCAAGUGUUAAAAAACUCACAUUUUAAAAACAAAUUUUGGUUCCA